GUCUUUUUGCUCCUGUCUCUGCUGGCUCCUGUAGCCGUCCUCUCUCAGUUCUACCUCCCUCUAGACUGUGAUGAACUCUAUCAAUAUGACAACACCAAACCCAGUGGGGUGUACACCAUCUACCCUGGAGGUCCCACCACCCCCUUACAUGUCUACUGUGACAUGAACACGGAUGGAGGGAGGUGGACUGUGUUCCAGAGGAGAAUGGAUGGAACAGAGAACUUCUUCAGACCCUGGGAAAACUACAAAUCUGGCUUUGGGAAUGUGGCUGGAGAAUACUGGCUGGGUCUGGACAACAUCUUCCUCCUGACGAUGAGGAAGAAGAGUGAGCUGAGGGUGGAUAUGGAGGACUUUGAGGGAGGGAAAGUUUAUGCUAAAUACACGUCCUUCUCCAUUGAUCCUGAGAACUACGGAUACACACUGAGACUGGGCAGUUAUGUAGACGGAGGGGCAGGGGACUCCAUGUCGUAUAGCAACGGCAUGAAGUUCAGCACCUUCGACAAAGACCAGGAUACCUGGAGUGACAACUGUGCCAGGCGCAACAUGGGUGGAUUCUGGUACGGUGCCUGUACGCAUGCUAACCCUAACUCCCUGUACGCCCCACAUCCGGCAACAUCUUUCACUGAUGUGUCUGUUUCUUGGCAGCACUGGAAAGGGGUAAACUACUCUCUGAAAAGCAUUUCCUUUAAGAUCAGGGCUGUCUCUGAUGCUGUGGCUGUCCAGGAGCACGAGUAACAUACCUGACUCUAUCAGUCCUGACCUAAUGUCACCAUCUCUAAAUGACUACACAAAUACAAUAUGGAGGAGGGGGCACCAGAGCUAGCCAGACAGACACUGACACCUAGAGAACAACAUGGUCACUACAUCAUCACUAUAACACUGACACCUAGAGAACGAUACGGUCACUACAUCAUCACUAUAACACUGACACCUAGAGAACAAUAUGGUCACUACAUCAUCACUAUAACACUGACACCUAGAGAACAAUAUGGUCACUACAUCAUCACUAUAACACUGACACCUAGAGAACAAUAUGGUCACUACAUCAUCACUAUAACACUGACACCUAGAGAACAAUAUGGUCACUACAUCAUCACUAUAACACUGACACCUAGAGAACAAUAUGGUCACUACAUCAUCACUAUAACACUGACACCUAGAGAACAAUAUGGUCACUACAUCAUCACUAUAACACUAACACCUAGAGAACAAUAUGGUCACUACAUCAUCACUAUAACACUGACACCUAGAGAACAAUAUGGUCACUACAUCAUCACUAUAACACUGACACCUAGAGAACAAUAUGGUCACUACAUCAUCACUAUAACACUGACACCUAGAGAACAAUAUGGUCACUACAUCAUCACUAUAACACUGACACCUAGAGAACAAUAUGGUCACUACAUCAUCACUAUAACACUGACACCUAGAGAACAAUAUGGUCACUACAUCAUCACUAUAACACUGACACCUAGAGAACAAUAUGGUCACUACAUCAUCACUAUAACACUGACACCUAGAGAACAAUAUGGUCACUACAUCAUCGCUAUUAUUAUCAUCUUGGAUGUUAGUGUUUCAUGUUAUAACAGCACGAUGGGCUCUCUGUCUCUUAUAUGGUCACUACAUCAUCGCUAUUGUUAUCAUCUUGGAUGUUAGUGUUUCAUGUUAUAACAGCACGAUGGGCUCUCUGUCUCUUAUAUGGUCACUACAUCAUCACUAUUGUUAUCAUCUUGGAUGUUAGUGUUUCAUGUUAUAACAGCACGAUGGGCUCUCUGUCUCUUAUAUGGUCACUACAUCAUCACUAUUGUUAUCAUCUUGGAUGUUAGUGUUUCAUGUUA